AUGAGUCUCAAGCGUGUCGCCAUUGUUACUGGGGCUUCAUCAGGUAUGGGCGAGGCCCUAUCAGAGGACCUGGUGCAGAGAGGAUGGAUUGUUGCAAUGGCGGAUAUCCAACCCAAUGUAGAUCUGGCCUCCAAGCUGGGCGAGAGCGCGAGUUUCCAUACAUGUGAUGUCUCCGACUAUGAUAGCCAGGCCAAAUGCUUUCAAGAAGUAUGGGAUAUAUACGGGCGGUUAGAUGCGCUUUGCGCCAAUGCUGGGAUCGUUGAUAAGAGCUCAAUCUACAUUUUGGAUCACAGAGAUUCCGAUAAGAUUCCUCCAAAGCCCGAUUUGCUUUGCACAGAUGUAGACUACAAGGGCGUGGUGUAUGGCACCCAGCUGGCUAUCCAUUUCAUGAGGAAAAAUAAGACACCGGGGGGUAGUAUUGUAUACAACUUUGUUCGCGCCACAUCUAGAAUACUAAAAAUUAAGGAGAAUAUCCGGAUCAACUGCAUCCUGCCAGGGAUUGUGGCUACCAAGAUCAUCCCUCCGGAGAUGGUGGCCGCAGUAUUGCCUGAAUGUAUGACACCUAUUGCCACCAUAGUGGCCGCCUACAACAAAUGUCUUGAAGACCACUCGCUCUCAGGCGAAGCCAUCGAGUGCUCUGUGGAUAAGCUCCUCCUUGUCCCCAGGCCGGAGUAUCAGAAUGGCCGGGUUUCUAAACGCGCUGUCACCGUAUGGGAUCCGCUCUUCAAGAUGUAUCACCAUGAGCUUUCCCAGCUGCCAGACGCCAUCGCUUGA